GUUCCGUCGCACAAGUUCGCCUCCUCUCGUUCCCAGAGGCCCUUGAGGGUGCAUCUCGCCAUGUCCGAGUCAAACGGUAUCAUCAGGAGACGGGGAUCAAUCGAUAUAGUGAACGCGAGAGUCGCCGUAGAUCUCGCAACAGCACAGUCGUACAGAGCCAAGGAGAAUGUCUUCCUCUUUGUGCCCAACCUCAUUGGUUACGCGCGGAUUAUUCUCGCUGGUGUAGCUCUACACUUCAUGAGCUAUCACCCCAAGUACUGUACGAUCGCCUACGGCAUCUCAUGUUUGUUGGACGCGGCGGAUGGCCACGCUGCAAGAGCACUAGGACAAUCUUCAAAGUUUGGAGCAGUUCUGGACAUGGUGACGGAUCGUUGCACCACCUCGUCUCUGUUGUGCUAUUUAUCCUCAGCAUUCCCCAAUCACACUAUGGCCUUCCAGUUCCUUAUCACUCUGGAUUUCGCUAGUCACUAUAUGCACAUGUACAGUUCGCUCGUCACGGGUUCUCGCAGCCACAAAUCUAUCGAUACCAAAGUUAGCUGGAUUCUCAGCUUGUACUAUGAUCCUAAAGCGCUAUUCACAAUCUGUGCAGGCAAUGAAAUGUUCUUUGUCGCGCUAUAUCUCACCAAAUGGGUGCAUACUCCACUGUGGCAAUCUUUCGACCUGCCCGUCAGCUACCUCACAUCCUUCACAUGGGCUGAGCUCAUGGCGUGGGUGUGUGGCCCCGUGUGUAUCCUCAAGAAUAUCAUCAACUUAGUUCAGCUUUGGAAGGCUUCGAAGAUUUUAGUUGGAGUUGACCUCGCGGAAAGGGCGAAAGCGAGAGAGGAGGCGAAGAAGAGCUAAGCGAGGCCCGCGAAGUACUUAGUUCACGUCUCUAUCAAAUGCCUGCGAGAUUGGUAGAUAUAUAUUGCUUACUGUUACCCUACGUGCUCUUCUGUCUGUAAUGUUAACGCAUAAUUCUC